AAUAAAUGUAGAUUUUGCAAUUAAAAAGAAACUUUUUUUCAGAAGCUAAAAAUAUGGAGUAAUUCAUCUCAAAGUGUGAAACAGGUAUUGAGAAAGAAUGCCGUCCAAGGCGGAAGAUAUAAUGUCUGGGUUUAGGGUCAACUGGAUGAAUCUUAGAGACGCGGAUACUGGCAAAAUAUUAUGGCAGGGUAACGAAGAUCUGUCUGACCCAGAGAAUGAGCAUGAAGCCAGAGUACCGAAGAAAAUUCUGAAAUGUCGUGCUGUUAGCAGGGAACUUAACUUUUCAUCGAUAGAACCUAUGGAAAAAUUUCGUUUGGAACAAAAAGUGUUAUUUAAAGGAAGGUGUCUGGAGGAGUGGAAUUUUGAAUUUGGAUUUGUUAUUCCUGAAUCCACAAAUACCUGGCAGAGUCUUAUAGAAGCAGCUCCUGAAUCUCAGAUGAUGCCUGCUAAAGUAUUAAACGGCAAUGUUGUAAUAGAGACUCAGUUCUUCAAUGGAGACCUUCUUGUGUCGACGUCUAAAGUUCGACUUUUCUACGUUUAGUCGACGAACAAAUUGUUUGUUUAACAGUAUAUUCGCUAAGUGUGUUGACUAAACCUAAUUAUUAAUGUUUUUUUUCAUCUUAAAAGUCAUGCUCACAAACUAACGACUAAGACCCUUUAAACAGAAAGCUUUUUGAAUAAGUUUUAAAAAAUUCUUUUCUAUUUAAUUCGUCUCAGAGUAAAAAAUUG